UAUCACAGCUUAUUUACAAUGAAAAUUGAGUUAGAGCUCUGGGAGUUAUUGACCAAGGGGAUGUAAAAGCAAGUUACCUUCUGAUGUGGAAGGCCUGUGUCCCCAUUCUGCAGAAAGUAUUUGAAGAAAAUACUGCUUGCUUACUUUGCUAGGACAAAUACAGCAAGGAUUGGGAGAUGCCUGGGUACCUGCAUGAUGGUGGGGUGCUUAGAUAAUCUCCCCUCGCAGCACGGAAGGAGAAAAAAAAAAGCCAUACACACACAAAAAAAGAACAUGAAAGGAUGAAUAGGCAAGAGAAUCCCUUGCAGGACUGGAAGUGGUGACUGAAAUGGCUGCUGAGGGAUAGGAGAUGCAGAGGCUGUACUGUGUCCCUGGCUGAUGUUGCAGCACUUAGACUGCAGUCUUUGCUCAUUGCUGCAGCAGCCACGGCAGUUUACUGUGUGACCAGAAAGCAAUGUUGUUGAGGAAUACCCAGCACCAAAAUUAAGAGAAGAUUGUCAAGGUUAUUCAGAAUUAAUUCUCAUGUCAGCAGAAAGCUCAACCAUCACAGUUCGUCUUGUUCGCUCUUUUGAACACCGGAAUUUCAGACCUGUAGUGUAUCAUGGAGUUAACUUGGAUCAGACAGUAAAGCAGUUCAUUACUUUUGUGCAGAAGGAUGUGUCUUCAAGAACAGCACUUCCUCCUCCUUUUAGAAAUUACAAGUAUGAUACGAUGAAGAUUAUUCACCAAGCACACAAAUCUAAGACUGGUGAACUUGUAGUGAGUUUGGAAGAUGAUGACAAACUGAUCUUGAAAGAAGAUAAAACGCUGAAAGGAGCUGGAGUAGCAAAUGAGACCGAAUUAGCAUUCUUCUGUGAGGAAGAUUACAGAAACUACAAAGCUAAUCCUGUUUCAGCCUGCCCUCUUUAGCAUGCUGAAAGGGACAAGUGACUGUUGGGAGGCUUUUGUGUUCAAGGACCAGCUGGCCUGUCUCUAGUUUUACUUCACAGAGACACCUUCAUGUAAGAGGUACCAACCUGAGUUCUGCUAGGACAUCAGUGUGCAUAAGUAGGAACUGGGCAUUUUUCCAAGUGGAAUGAAAGCUGAUGGUUUCAGUUUUAAGCCUAAAACUUGAAUGAUUGCAUUUUUGCGAGGAGAGGCCCAUUCUGCGAGCCACAUGUUGUCAAGAUGGGAAUUGAUUCUUUCCUGCUUUCUAAGAGCCAAAUACUUCAUUGCUAUAUGUUAGUUCUUUGUUAUUCCAGGCUUUCCUACUACAUUAACCAAAUAAAAAAUAACAGAAAACCCAAUCAUGCAUCCAAUAAAGUACCUUUAGAUAGAUACUGCAUAUGAAACUGCUUUUUAGGUGGUACCAAGAUGGGACACUGUGCCUUUAAGUCUCUCUUCACUGAAACAGAAAUUAUGCUGGCCCUCUGCCUUAGCAGCCUUUUUGGCUAUAGGUUCUGCUAAAUCAAAUGAGACCUCAUGUACAAUUGCUUUAGACCCACACAUCCACCCUCAGCUCUGGGUGAGAGCUGACAGCACUAUUUCCACAAGAGACUUUCCAGAGAAAUAAGCUUACCGUUUCCUAGAGCUUUGAUGAUAUAUUUUUUUUUAAUUGACAUGUGAUAGUGAAAGCAGAUGUGUGAUUUCCAAAGUAUCUAAAUAAAAGUUCUCUUUACUUUAGAUGUAGGGCCAAAGAGACCUCUAUGUAUUGUUCCCACCUCAUUUUCUUCAUCAUUCCUGACAGUGCUCUGGUUUAAGCUGGUUUUGAUAGCUGGUGUUACUUACCAACAGCUUUGCUUCAGACAGAGUUAUUGUCUUGUGCAAGUAGUCUACCACUUUGUCAUCUGUGAUUAAAAAGGUGAUUGUAUCUUUAUCUGGUAAGGAGGAUUCCUGUGUCACUGAAGUCACAUGUGCUCUCUUGGGAUUUCAAUGCUGUUACGCAUUCUCUGAUGAAUUUGUGAGGAGAACUUACCACUUGCCUCUUCUUUCUGUCCAGGCUGCCUUUCUGUUGUGGUACCUGCUCCCUAAACAUGGGCCCAUGUCUCAGCUACCUUCCUACACAGUGCAUCAAGUUUGCAGAUGUGUUAUACUGGCUAAUACCAAUUUGUACUCAUCUUCUCAGACAGUUUAAGCUAAAGCAUUGCACUCCAGAGUAUACCAGCUUUGUUCAGCCAAAUUUAUAAUAAUGAAGGUAACUUUGUAAGAGGUAGAUGGCAUACUGGAGAGAUCAAUGUCUCCGACUGUCCUACCAAGUCAUCAGGAUGACAUCUGUCAGCACACUCAGGCUUUCAGACUUGAGCAAACACUGUCAUUCUUUUCCUCAUGUUCUGGGGUUUUGAAUUUGGUCUCCAGCCCUUUCAGACAGAUUUGGAUUGGUUUUGUGAUCCUUCUUCUCUAAGGCAUUUGUGUUUGAAAUAGUCACCGUAUUUGAACAACUGCCCUUUCUGGGCUAGUACAGUUACAAAUGUUCAGUGCCACAUCAAGUGUGGCGCAGUGAAAGAGCAAUUCUUACAGCGUCAACGAGAAAACGGUAAAUGUUUUAAUGCAAAUAUUCAAGAAUUAUGUGUCUGGCUUCUUUUUCCAAGGGAAGAGUUAAACUAGUGCUUUGUGAGCUCAGCUCACUCUGGCCAUGGCACUUCAUUGGCCCCUUUCUGCAGCAGCACAGUAGAGCCUUUUGUAAUGCUCUCAAUGACCAUACUUGUAAACUGGUUUCUUUCUGAAGUGUUUUUCUACUGUGGGUUUCUGUGGGGGUUUUGGUUUUGUUUGGGUUUGGUUUUUUUUUUUUUUUAGACCUUUAAUGAUACUUCUUUCAAAUUAACCCCACAAAACCAUGGAUGGUAACUGAGAACUUGUUACAAUAGCUGCUGUUCCAAUGUUUUUGGGUGGUAUAUGGUAUAGCCUUGUGUCAAAGUAGGUUUGGAUCCAGGACUGUUAGGUAUUGAAUUAAAUCUGUGCACACUGGCUAAUAAAUUACUGAAGACUGAGG